AUGGAUCCAACCCUUCCGGUCAUUAUCCAAACGCUUUCUGCCGCCUUUCCCGUAGCUCUCGCAGCGCAAAAAGACCACGAGCUACACGCUGAUCUCGCGCGCUAUAACUCCAAACUAGAUGUCCACCACAAGGCCCACGCCACCGAUGGUAGAGUAGAGUUGCAGAACGAAGUCAUGGCAGCCGUUCUGCGUCACAUACCACACCAUUUGUUUGCCAUUCCGGGACGAAGCAAGAAACUCACGGAUUUCUGUGUGUCUCGACUGGAGAGUUGGGCCGUUCAACUAAAUGGUGCUGACUCGGAUCAAUACAGCCUCUCUGCAUACAUCGGCCAAAAGAAACAGGAGAUGUGGAUAAACUUCGUCGGAUGGCGUCAUUCGUGGUCUUGCCCCAGCAGUAGCAGAAGCAUUUUCGCAGACAUCACUUCCUCCGACAAUGCAUCGGGGCGAGCGCUCACACCAGCGACGACCUCCACAGUCCAGACUACACCCCUUCCGUUCAAGCCCGAGGCGUUGCUCGCGGUUCUGGCGACAGAAUCCUACUUAAAAAAGAACAACGACGCGAUCGAGGAGAAUUUUUGUGUCCAGCUCGUCCGCGCGCGUCGUUGGUACAUGUCGGCAGUGUUCGAGGACGGCAGUUUGCUCAAGGAAAUAGACGAGUUCUGCAAAACGGCAGUCGUAGGGCUCAAAGACGAAGCUGAACGGUUGGCCAGCGCAAUGUGGUGGUGUUCGGCGUUGGCGCAAGAAAAAGCUUGA